CGUGCCUCCAAGCAGCACUUGUAAGUAGAGAACUGAAAGGUCCACUGCCCAGGAAAGAAACCUGUCGCCUGUUCAAGGUGCUGCAGAAGUGGCCUCAUUUCCCUAGGAGGCGGACUUCCUCCUACGGGGGAAUCCCUGGCUGGGAGGAGCAGGGGCCCUUCCUUCUGGCGGCCUCAGACGUUCAGCAGGUGCUGGCACAUGCCCUGGCUGGGAGAUGGGGUGGGAACUGGCCUGGAGGGGGGCUCAGAGCCAGUACAUAGGAUGCCAGGGACCGGGUACCUGGGCACCUGGGUCCUUGGGUCCUGGGGAGGAGUCCUGCAAUGCCUGGGGGGCUUGGGGUUGCUUCUUUGUCUCUUUGUCCAGAGCCUUAUGUAAGAGCUUUUCUUGGGAAACAGGAAGUCCUGCUUGCCAAGUUGAGCGCAGGGAGUAGUGCAGGCCUCAGUCCAACACACCCAGUCCGGCCUUAACCCCAGCACCCGUCCAGUUUCUUGUCCCUGCUUCUCCUCCCUGCUGACCCCUACCCAUCUUUUCUCACCUUCAAUCAUCUCUAGCAAUCUUGCCCAGAGAUCUCUCCCAUGUCGGAGCCCCAGGUCUCCCACCGUAGCCCCUCAACACUGCCCAGCUUGUCCCCCAUCCCUGCUUCUGGCACCAUGCCCCAUAGCCAGCCAGCCUUCCCUCCCCCAACUCUGGGGCCGCCCCCGGGUUCCUGAGCUCUGGCCGCUCUUCCUGGGUGUCACUGGCAGCCCAGUCCUUCCAACAGAGAUUGGCACCAAAUUCUCCUGAGAUUGAAGGGGGGAGGUCCUCAGGUGACACUAGCCUCACAGUGGGGCACCAGGAACACCAACAGUACCCCAGCUUGCUUUCUUCCUCCUUCUUUUUUAUUCUCAAGUUCCUUUUUAUUUCUCCCUUGCGUAAUACUCUCUUCCCUUCUGCACCACUGUCUGUACCCCCACCCUCCCUGCCACCUCCUUACCCCCCCAUUCCUGAAGCCACAGCUGUUGGCAGGGUCCCGGCUCAUGCCAGCCUCAUCUCCUUUCUUACUAGCCCCCAAGGGUCCCCCGGGCGACAUGGGGGGCCCAGUCCGAGAGCCGGCACUCUCAGUUGCUCUCUGGUUGAGUUGGGGGGCGGCUCUGGGGGCUGUGGCUUGUGCCAUCGCUCUGCUGACCCAACAAACAGAGCUGCAAGGCCUAAGGAGGGAGGUGAGCCGGCUACAGAGGAGCGGAGGGCCGGCCCACAAGGGGGAAGAAUAUCCCUGGCGGAGCCUCCAGGAGCAGAGCCCAGAUGUCCUGGAAGCCUGGGAGAAUGGCGCACGAUCUCGGAAAAGGAGAGCAGUGCUCACCCAGAAGCGGAAGAAGAAGCACUCAGUUCUGCACCUUGUUCCCAUUAACAUCACCUCCAAGGAGGACUCUGAUGUGACAGAAGUGAUGUGGCAACCUGUUCUUAGGCGUGGGAGAGGCCUGGAGGCCCAAGGAUACAUUGUUCGAGUCUGGGAUGCUGGAGUUUAUCUGCUGUAUAGCCAGGUCCUGUUUCAUGAUGUGACUUUCACCAUGGGUCAGGUGGUAUCUCGGGAAGGCCAGGGAAGGCAGGAGACUCUGUUCCGAUGUAUACGUAGUAUGCCCUCUGACCCUGACCGUGCUUACAAUAGCUGCUACAGUGCAGGUGUCUUCCAUUUACACCAAGGAGAUAUCCUCAGUGUCAUAAUUCCCCGGGCAAAGGCAAAACUUAGCCUCUCUCCACAUGGAACCUUCCUGGGGUUUGUGAAACUGUGAUUGUGUUAAUAAAAGGUAGUUCUCAGCUGGGAAGAGUAAUGUGGUGUCUGAAACUUCAGUUCCCUGAGCCCAGUGCUGAUUAGAAUAAUGAGAGCAGGGUU